CCUGAAUAUAAAACGUGCUAUCGCCUGAUGAAGGCUUUUUCUAUCUCCUGCUGUUUCCUUGAUCCAUCUCUCUGUGUGUGAUGUUUCUUCACACUCUUCGGCGGGCUGCAACGCGAAAAUCAGCAAUUAGCCCACUCAGACCAUUCAGCCGACAGUCUACCGUGCAGGUAUCUUGGCACUUAAGCCAAAUGGCUUCUACCUAUGCCGGAACUAAAUCAUCUCCUCUCACAGCGGGAUCUCAUGCUUUUAUUCUCCCCUGCAAACACAAUUUGGGACACCAUGUCUUAGGCUACCACAUCAGCGGAAAAACAUCCGGUCAGCCUAUUUUCUACUUCCAUGGCUGCCCUAGUUCCCGUCUCCAAGCCGAUGACUUUCACAAGAUUGGCGAAAAAUUGAACCUCUGCGUAAUUGGUGUCGACCGUCCGGGAAUUGGUCUUUCAACUUUUCGACCUGGAUACACACUUCUGGACUGGCCACAAGACAUACAGAAGCUAGCAGCGUACCUUGGUUUCUCGGAAUUUCGCGUGUUCGGGGGUAGUGGAGGAGGACCAUAUGCGCUGGCGUGCGCACGAGAGUUACCUGGAAACGUACUAAAGGGUACUGGAAUCCUUGCAGGACUAGGGCCGCCUGAAUCUGGUGUCAAGGGCCUUAGUUGGGAAAGGUGGUUCGGAUUUAUCGUCAAUAGAUGGCUGCCACGGUGGAUGCUACAUUUCGUUAUUGAGAAAGGGCUUGGACGACACGCUCGUAAUCCAGACCAGACACAGUGGAGAAGGUUUGUGAUCGAUGGGAUGAUCAGAAAAAUGUGUUCUAAGGAUCAAGCGCUUCUUGAUGAGAAGGAGACGGAGCGAAUGAUAAGUGAUAUGAGGAACUGUUUAAUAAGCGGCUCAGAUGGAUAUGUUCUUGACGCAAAGACAAUCCUCGGGCCGUGGCCAUUUGACUUGAGAAGUGUCAAGGCAAAGGUACUGCUUUGGAACGGAACAGAUGAUACAGAUACGCCCAUUUAUAUGGCGAGAUGGAUGGCGAAUCAAUUGCCGAACGGGAGUCUCAGAGAGUUCCCUGGUGACACUCAUUUCUCAAUUUUCUUUUGCAGAGGUGAGGAAGUCCUGAAGGAUCUAAUCGAGAUGUAACGGCUUACUGUAAAUUACUACGGUUCUUGUAUCUCUCUACUCUAGACAGAAUUCGC